AAAUAUAAUUGAUUUAAUAAUAAAAAUUGGGAUUUUUUUAUCAUUUAGUUGUUUUUUAUUUCUAAACAAAUCAUUUUCCAGUGUGGCCUCUUUUAUCCUCAACAACAACAAACCAAAGAGGCUAAAACCUUGACAAAUCCGUGUGCAGCUCAGCAGCUUUGGACUGAAUCUCAGUGUUAAUUCGGAACAUUUCCUCCCGAGAGGUUAGCACUAAAAUGCGGCUGUUAGCUGCUGGUGUCUUCGGGGGCUUAUCGCCUCUGGUUUCAUUGAUGUCUGUCUUUCUUUGUGAAUGAGCGGCGGAGGAGGAAAGGGCACGAUGGAGCUGCGGGCUCUGCGAUAGGCUGCUGCUAGUUGACGUCACCUCCGCCGUGACGCGAUGAACUCAUUCAUAAAAAAAAAAGAAAGAAAACGAGAAGGAGCGCUGAGGAGAAACACAGAGAGAAAGAAGGAGACAAGAAAAGGACGGAGACACGGUUAGGAUGCGCGCGUAAAGGACAGGCGCGGAGUCCACGCACGAUCUGUGCGCCUUGGAGAAGCAGACCAGCGGGAGAAAAACCCACAUAUUUGUAAAAAAAAAUAAGAAGAAGAAGAAGAAGAAAAAUUAAAAUUACAAAAUGCUAAGUGCGAUGGAGGAGCUGGGAGAGAUGGACUGCACGGUGCUGAAGCGGCUCCUGAAGGACGACAGCGCCAAGUGCCUGCUGCUUGACUGCCGCUCCUUCCUCGCCUACAGCGCCGGGCACAUUCGGGGCGCAGUCAACGCCCGCUGCAACACCAUCGUACGGCGGCGGGCGAAGGGCUCCGCGCUCAGCCUGGACCAGAUCCUGGCCGGGGACGACGAGGUCCGGAGCCGCCUGCGCUCUGGGAUGUACUCCGCCGUGGUUGUGUACGACGAGAGGACGCCGGACACGGAGGCGGUGAAGGAGGACAGCACCAUGAUGCUGGUGCUCAACGCGCUGUUCAGGGACUCACUGGGAACGCGCACUUACCUGCUCAAAGGGGGAUACGACAGGUUUUUCUCAGAGUAUCCUGAGUUUUGUAUGAGGACCAAAUCCUUACCGUCCCUCACCAGCCAGUCCAGCAUCGACUCCUCCUGUUCCUCAUGUGGAACGCCACACAAUGAUCAGGGUGGCCCAGUGGAGAUCCUCCCAUUCCUCUACCUCGGCAGCGCCCUUCACGCCUCCAAAAAGGAGGUUUUGGACGCCAUCGGAAUCUCUGCCUUGCUGAACGUGUCAGCCGACUGCCCCAACCACUUCGAGGGCGCCUAUCAGUACAAGUGCAUCCCUGUGGAGGACAACCACAAGGAAGACAUCAGCUGCUGGUUCCUGGAGGCCAUUGAGUUCAUAGAUUCUGUUCGGGACUCCAGUGGACGAGUGCUGGUCCACUGUCAAGCAGGCAUCUCGCGCUCUGCCACCAUCUGCCUCGCCUACCUGAUGAAGAGGAAGCGCAUUCGUCUGGAUGAAGCCUUUGAGUUUGUGCGCCGGCGUCGCAGCAUCAUCUCCCCAAACUUCAGCUUCAUGGGACAACUGCUGCAGUUCGAGUCGCAGGUCCUGGCUACGUCAUGUGCUGCGGAAGCGGCCGCCACUGCGAGCCCGCUGCUCGGACCCAAGUCCACGGUGGCCACCAACUCAGCCACAGCCACGCCCACCUCCCCCUUCAUUUUUAACUUCCCUGUUUCUGUGGUGAACCCUGCGUACCUGCACCACAGCCCAAUCACGACCUCCCCAGGCUGCUGAUGGACAGCCACCCCCACCUCUCGACCCAACUUGAAGGGCAGACUGGGCUGCCAUUGGCUGAAGGAGCUGUCAGUCUCACUGACCUCUGCAGGACGUAGAUGCUUCCAAGGCCCUGAGAUAAAAAACGUCAAGGUGCCUGAUUAAAGACACAGUGAAAGGACUUUGUGAAGUUCAGAAACCAGCUGACGCUCCUUUCCGAUUUCUUCCAGUUGACCAAAACAAAAAAACAAACAAAAAAAAACAAACUGGUUUUCAAAACGUGUUUCCUAAACCAGGUUGAGUGUUGGACCGAUAUUGACUUUCUUCCACCAUGCACAGAGGGACACCGACUCACAAAACCGGAUCCAGAGAGGCCUGCUCAGCAGCAAAACCCUCUUCUUCUCCAUCUCCCGCACACAUCCACCACCACCAACUGAAUAAGCUCAGUAUGAAGACAGCCUGUUGCUAUGGAGAAGUGGUCUUUAGUAGAGGAGAUGGACACAGGAAGGAAGGAGGAAUUUUAAGCAUCCGCUCUUUUCUCUUUGGGUGUCCCUCCUGUUGGCAGACAAAAGAGGUGGAUUGAAAAAAAAAACCGAGGGGAGGAGACAGUGACAGAAAGCAGGAGCCUCUUCAGUGACAGGUGCUCUGCCGGGGAUCCGACCGGAGCUUCCUGUCCUUCAUGCGUCCUCUUCCUCCCUUCCGUCUCUCCCCCACCUUCCUCUCAUCUCCUUUUCAUCUCUUUAUGUCGCCUGCCUCCUCCUCCUCCUCAUCUUUGCCUCUCAUCUUCAUCCUGCCCUAUCCCCUCCAUCCCUUCCUACAGCUGUCUCCUCACUGAGGAGUUCAAAUUAAGAAAAGGAGAUGACAAAUAAAAGGCCAUGCCCCUUUUAUGUGGAGUGGGAAACCCCACUUCAAGUUUCUGAUACACUUUGGGAAAGUCCUUUUGCUAAAUGACGUUAUUUUUCCUGAAAAACCACCACAUGGAGUGAAGAAAAUGGCAAUUUAAGUAAACAGCAUCCCCUUUUUUAAAGGGACAUUUAUAAAAAUGUUGAAUUUUUCAGGGGUUUGGCCAAAAUAAUUAGGCAAAAACUAUGAGGAUGCCCACUGUUUUUUCAUUUGUAUUGUUAAAUUGAGGCCUUGUUUUUCGAAGACCACAUGGGAGAAUUUAGAGCACAUCAUCCCCCAGAAACAGCUUUAGGAUAGGACCAAAUGUUGUAUUGUUUAAAAAAAAAAAACCUUUGAGACCUGGACACCAAUUCUUCUUACUCAACCCUUGUGCUAUCUUA